AUGCGUAAAGAAGUGCCAGUAUUGCAGAGAUGUUGCUUCUGCUUACCUCUAAGAGGUGGGCUGUUGGCGUGGGGCUAUUUGAAAUUGACGAUAGCUUCUUUAAUGCUAUUCUAUUUGCUGUGCAUACUACUUCAAAUAACGGAGGGCAAACUUGUAUAUAAUUUCACGCAAUUUGCCAUAGCUCUGCUCAUAGUAACAGCAGAUGUUAUUUUACAUUCCGUUUUCAUCGUCGGAUGUCAUAAGAAAAACGUGAAGCUCUUGAAGGUGUACUACUUCUAUAGUUUGUCACUGCUUGUGCUCACUGCAUUAUUCGGCGUUUUUUGUACUGGUAUAAUAAUUGGUUCAAACUUAAACCAUUAUGGCCGACUGUUUACUACGUCUAUGUGCAGAGGAUUAUCUACCCUGUUUAUUAAUUUGCUAAUCCAGGUGUAUGUCAUUCUCCUAGUGAAGAGUAAAAUUACCAAACUGGACAAUAUGGAUUCCUUUAAAUUUCAAAACAACGCCGCUGAAGCGUUAAAAUAUAACAUGAUGAUCGGAAGUCUAUGUAAAGAGAAAGAAGCCACAAUUUGUUAA